CACUUCAUCAAUACAAGUAAACAAGCUUAUAAGUGUUUUCUUUAUACGUAUAAACAUCUCGUGAUCAAAACAAGUAACCAUUCAAAAAAGAUGAAAGGAAAAACUUUGAUUUUCAGUUUGCUCAUAAUGAGUCUCGUCAUGGCACAAAUUCAAGUAGAAGCAAGGACCUGCUGCCCGUCCAACAAAGCUAGAAAUGUUUAUAAUAUAUGUCGUCUCAAUCGGUCCAGGCAAAAGUGUAUUUCAGUGAGUGGAUGUCAAGAAUCUGAUACAUGCCCUCCUGGCUGGGAAAACGACAUUCUGGAAAACUCAGAUGAUGUUGUUAAUGAGUACUGCAAGUUAGGGUGUGAAACUUCUGUUUGUGGUGCCAUGAACACUCUCAAAAACUCUGAUGCAAGUGAGAUUGUGAAAGGAGCCCUUGAACAAUGUGCUAAGGCAUGUUCUACUUUCUGCACCAAGAGCUCUAAAGCCACACUUGUAACAGCCUAGACUGUUCUAAUUGUCGUGUAUGUGACAAAAAUAAUGCUAGACUCUUUGAAUAAUUUGUACUUCUGGUAUGUGUGUGUGCAUGUGUCGUAAAAGGCUGUCGAUCUCUAGAUUGUUCAUGCCCUCUACUUCCCUAUCAUCUCUUAAUAAAGAAUAACCUGUCUUUUAUUAA